AUGGAGAUUCUUGUUCAUGUUUCUGCCCCCAGCAGGGCACAGGAUGAUGCAAGAUACCGUGAUCAGGUUGCUGCCAUCCUCUCAGGCCUGACUGCAGAUAUCCGACAGGAUUCUAGUCGCUCGGGCCAUACUACUCCCAUUCUAGACUGGGUCCCCGAGCAGCCGAUCGCUACUCAGAUCGGUUCCAGCCAGACGGCACCUUUAGAUCCAAUCCAAGUUCGUCAGCCUGUGCAGGAUUCUCUUGGCAGUCUGGUCAGCGUUAUUCCAGAUUCCCAGCCAGAAAUAUACCAAGCCGGUCAGACUUCUGAAUAUCUGGAUUUGGCAAAUCCUCAUAAAAAACCCCGUCUCGAAUCUCCAUCCCAUACGAGUCCAAGUCUGAGCCUGAGAGAGCCUAUAAUCAGCCCUCCGAUUUCAACACCACCACCACAUUCUGAUCCUGAUGGCUUCCCCAUCUCUAAUUCUACUUAUACUACUCCAUCCAAAUCUCCUCUUCUAUCCCUCCCUCUAGAGAUCAGACCCCCCUUACCCCCCAUCUCUAAUGCCACCUUCAAUACUCAUAUCACACCAACACUUUCAAUGCUCACCGAACGCCUCAACCCUGCACGAACCUACAAACCACUCCACCAGACUCGGUCCCUGGAUCCACUCGAACGUGGCUACUGGGCCGUGCACUUCCAUAUAUGGCCUGAGAAGAAUGUCAAACACCUGGAAAAUCGACCAGAACCAAAAUCAGACCCGAAUCUAGAAACUAACAUGAAAGAUUCAGAAACUCAACGCAACUGGAGCAUCUCCUUCUUCACCCGCUUCUGGUCAUUCCUCUCAGAAUUCGUAGGGAAAGACGCUCGCGCCGGCUGGGGCGUCUGGUGUAUACUUGAGCAUGCAUCUCCACAUGCAUCCCCAUCCACUGCAGAUGCCGCGCUGGAUCGAUCCACUCCAGUCCUACUGAAAGUUUAUGCAUGGGGGGAGGUCGCCAUGCACGUGUAUCUGCUCUUGUUCCUAGCGAGUGAGCGGCGGGUUCGGGGAAUGGAAAUGCAAUGGAGGGAUUCCGCCGAUCGGCCAGUGAUCCAAAUGCCGUGA